AAACGAGCCCCAGCAUGCAAGCCGGGCUCUCCCCCCGGCUCCCACCGCCGAGCUGCCCUGCCUAGCGGAGGAGAACCGCUCCCACUCCGCGGGAACUUCGCCGCUGCUUCGAAGCCAUGAGCAGCCACGUGUGGUUCCCCUUGCAGUACAUCGCCAAACCCUACCGCCGGGCACAGGCCCGCAAUGGCUCCGACUUCUUCUCCGCCCUCUACGGCUUCCCCAACCGAUCCUCCUUCUUCCACGGCGACUUGGACCUGGACGACCUGGGGGACUUUGACAGGGGCACCCGGUACGAAGGGGAGUCCCAGAGCCGGACGGUGAAGGCGCUGCUCAUCGUGGCCUAUUCGGUGAUCAUCGGCAUCUCGCUCUUCGGCAAUAUCCUGGUCUGCCACGUGGUGAUCAAGAACAAGAGGAUGCACUCGGCGACCAGCCUCUUCAUCGUCAACCUGGCCAUGGCGGACAUCAUGAUCACCCUCCUGAACACGCCGUUCACCCUGGUGCGAUUCGUAAGCAGUACCUGGGUCUUCGGAAAGCUGAUGUGUCACAUAAGCCGGUUUGUCCAGUACUGUUCUGUCCAUGUUUCUGUGCUUACCCUUGCAGCCAUUGCACUGGAUCGACACCAGGUUAUAAUGCACCCUUUGAAACCCCGGAUGUCAAUUGCUAAAGGAGGAAUUUGCAUCAUUAUAAUCUGGGUUAUGGCCAGCUGCUUCUCUCUGCCCCAUGCCAUCUACCAGAAUCUAGCAAGAUUUGAUAUUGGGAACAGAACUAUACGAAUGGUCUGUCUCCCCAGCUUCCCUCCUCCUGCUGAUCUCUUCUGGAAGUACCUGGACUUGACUACUUUUGUACUCUUGUAUGUCCUGCCCUUGCUUGUGAUCUCCAUCACGUACACAAUGGUAGCCAAGAAGCUCUGGCUGAGGAAUGCCAUUGGAGACGUCACUAUGGAGCAAUACUUUGCCCAUCAGAGGAAGAAGAAGAUGACACUGAAGAUGUUAAUGGUGGUGGUGGUGGUUUUUGCUGUCUGCUGGUUCCCACUGAACUGCUACCUGGUGCUCAUCUCCAGCAGGGCCAUCCACAGCAACAAUGCUCUGUACUUUGCUUUCCACUGGUUUGCCAUGAGCAGCACCUGCUACAACCCCUUCAUUUACUGCUGGCUCAAUGAGAGCUUCCGCUCUGAGCUCAAGUCCCUGUUGUGUGUGUGCCGGCGAAAGAAUGCAGCCCAGAGCCAUGCACUGCAGUCCAUCUCUCCUCCUUUCAGGCAUGCCUGGGCUGAGAAUUGUCAUUAUAAAAGGGGCAGCUGCUCUCAGAAAGCAAGAGCAUCUUCCCAAAGAAACUCUGCAAAGACAGACAUAUCCAGCGUCCAGCCAAUUGUGACAGGGAGCUAA